AAAAAAAAAAAAAAAAAAAAAAAAAAAAAAAAAAAAAAAAAAAAGGUCACUACUAUGGCCAACGACGAGAUCAACCCCAACGGGAACGGGGCUUCUCUAACCACCGUCUCUACCUCGACUUCAGCUCCUUCCACUAAUGCGAACACUGCCACGCCCAACCAAUCAAAGCGUCCUGGCCUCAAUCAUCGUUCAAGCGAUAAAUCCCAUACAAGCGACCAGGCCCGCGAGAACAAUAAUACCACCGCUUCACAGAACCAGCAGCACUACCAGCUCCCACAUCAUCGCACCAAACACCAUACCCAAAAACACGUCGUCAGCACCGGACGACUGCAUGGCCGCGUCCCUUCCGCGAAAGCCUUGUAUAAGCAGCAUGGCUCGAAUGCCUCGAGGCUGAACCACCGACGAAACGCUUCUCCCUCGCCCGAGCGGUAUACCGCCCACGACGGUCCUACUCAACCUCACGGUCACCGACGCGUCCAAUCCGAAGCCAAGCUGUCGCGCGACUCGUCGUCUGCUAACCUCAGGCGCAACAAGUCUCAAGUCGAGGUCCAGAAACGCCCCAAGUCCGCCGACAAGUUUAAACGCUCCCUCUCCAACCCCAACCUCCCAGAACCGGAACCCGAACCGGAGCCGGAACACAAGGUCAAGACCUCCGCCAAGUCCCAGGUUCAUUUCGACCUCGGCACCGACGACCAGGACGAAGACGAGGACGAAGACGAAGACGACGAAUGGGUCGACGCUAGCGCCUCGGCCUCCCCCUACCUCUCGCGUCGCGGUUCCAUGGCCAGCGGUCAGUCUUCCGCCAAACCUGGGGGCAGCGCGAGUAAUUCGCGACCCCAGACUCCAGGAGACGCACGGGACGACGAGGCGGCAAGAACCAUACGAGGCGAGCACCGACACAGGAGAGGGUCGCAAGGAACAGCCAUUUCGCAAUCAUCACCCCCCUCAUCAACAACUACCGUCGACCGCGAGACGGCCCAGCGCAGGGAAUACCUAACCACAAGACUCCUCCAGAGGACACCGUCCCAAGGCGCCCCGCCCAUGAUGACGGCCGACACCGCCUCAGUGUCACAAAACCGCACUCCCGACCCCUCCAGGCCUCGCUCAGCCCUCACCCACGCCGGCUUCAACGGCUUCAACGACGGCCUAGCCGCCACCGGCAGUUCCGAAGGAUGCGAACUGACAUCGCACUUCGUUGGCGCCUCCAGUUCGGGCGGCCGCACCCAAGACGGGCCCUUGUACCGGACCAGCGACGUUUCGCGGCCCAACAGCCGCCGAUCGGACGAUACCACCCGACGACCCGCGUCUUCUAUCUACCACGACGACGAUGAGGGCGACGACGGGACCGCUCUCGCCCCUCGCAAGGCGCGACGCGCUGCGCCGCCCGCCCAGGAAUCGCGCAUCCAGCAAAAGCUGAACCUUCAGCGCGCGAGCUCAACCAUAGAGCCGGGCCAGUCCGGCGGUGGAGGAAUGGGGGCCCUAGGCGGCAUGGGCAUGGGAAUGGGAAUGGGCCUGGGAAGAAUGGGCAUAGGAAUGGGCAUGGGCAUGGGCAUGGGACCCGGGGGCGCCACCCCGUUUGUCGGCGUGGCCGGCCCAGGAUACGACGGCAGCACGACCCGCGACCCUCGCGUGGCCAAGCAGCUCGAGCGCACAGGCAUGGAAUACCUCAGCGUCCGCCGUUACCAGAACCCCGUGCUCAGGUCUCUCGACCGCAUUGCCCAAAUGCAGGAAGCAACCAAGACCCAGCGCAUCCCCACCACCACCACCACCACCACCACCACCACCGGUCGUAACGGCGUCGCCAAUCCACCUGGCUCGGCGGCUGUCAACGGUAAUAAGACGACCAUGGCAUUGGCGCCUCCCUCCCGACCCGCCUCCCGACCCGGCACAGCGCAUUCGCGACAAGUGACCCUCGGCACAGAGCCGGCGGCGGCCCUGGCCGACGACCGCGACCGCGACCCCGUGACGUCGCGCGCUCAAUCGAUACGCACACUACAUAGCGUCGGAGGCGGCGGGUCCAGUUUCGACGGGGAGACCAGCACCGGGCUCAGCGGGUCGAGUCUCGUCGGGGGCGAAGACGAUGAAGGUGCCCCGGCCGGCAACGACGGCAUCAAUGCCAUUCUGCGGAGUCUGUGGGAUAAGAACGCCGACUUGAGCGCCAGCCAGGACUAGGACUCCGGCGGCUCCGACAUUCCGUCCGAGCUCGAACCUGACUGGGAUCUGGUGGAUGAGGCGGACGACGUGGACGACGCCGCGACGUUGCUGGCGAACAAAAGCCGUUCAGAAGACGAUGGAAUGCGGGAAAUCGCAACGUGAUCACCGGCAUGUAAUGGCCCCCGCAUCCGUUCGCUCUCACGCCAGAGAGGACACUGGCCGAGUCAUUCCCCCUGGAUCAAGCUGGUUUAAUGGUUUAUCUCCCCUUUCUCCCUCAUCCCUUUUUUGGUCCCUGUCUCCUACAUCCCUACCCCCUUUUCUUCAUUUUUAAUCCUCUUUCCAAGUGUAUCCCCUUCUUUCCUUUUUUUCCCUUUGUUUUCCCCAGC